CAACACACCUUAGCUCGGAAGCGGGUAGAAAUCAGAUGAAUGUCUUGCUCUUCAAAUCUUUCGACAGAAAACCCUUAAAUUGGAACAAAUCUUUUUGACAGUUAACAAUAAGUGACUGAUCUAGAUAUUUAUCAGUCUGUUCGGUUGACACUACAGCUAAAGUGGUUUGGCGAAUUUUUAAGAAAUAUAUACCUCACACCAGGAUUCCUUUAAAUUCAACAAAAAAUGGGCUCACGGCGUUUUCUUUUCGCUGCCUUGUUUUUUAUUCUCAGUGUUUAUGGCGGAGAAACCCAGAGUAGCACAGCGGAGAAACUCAUAUCAGCACAGGACAAUUGUGUUAAAACUUUCACGCUCGGUCGGGAAGACUUUGUUCUCGACACGGAAGAGUCGAUUAAGGAUGGGGCCGUAUUCCUGCAUAACUCGAGCGUCUCGCAUAGGGACGCGUGCAUUGCUGCGUGCUGCGGAGAUCCCAGAUGCAACUUGGCCCUCAUAGAAGACGGAAACGAGAAGGGAUCCAAAAACAGCUGCUAUCUCUUCAACUGCUUAUAUAAGAAUAAAUAUGUCUGUCGAUUUAUUAAGAAGCAGGGCUUCACAAAUUAUAUACUGCAUUCAGUCUAUGAAUAUUACCUGAACGGCCGCAAAAGUGAUGGGAAGGACAAACUUCCCAUUGCCAAUGCUGGACAGGAUGUUGUGGUCCAACCUAAUCAGGAGGUAUUGCUGAAUGGGAUUGAGAGUUGGGCUGAUAGGAAGAUCAUCGACUACCAUUGGAGCAACAUCAGUGGAGAUACAUCUGUCCAUAUGGAGAAAACUGAUCUGCCAGACCAGGUGAGGGUGACCAAGCUGGUACCUGGGGUGUAUAAGUUCAAACUGACAGUGACAGAUUCAGCACACCAUUCUGAUUCUGCUCAAGUCACCAUCUUGGUUCUCACUUCUGAGCAAUCUGAGCGUCACUGUUUGGCCCCAAAAAAGGUGGGACCCUGUCGAGGUUCUUUCCCUCGUUGGCAUUUCAACGCUGCAUCCAGAAAGUGUGAGCAGUUCAACUUUGGAGGGUGUAAAGAGAAUAACAACAACUAUCUCUCCGAACAGGAGUGUUUGAAUGCAUGUCAAAACACGACAGUAAUACCUGUUGGAGGUACGAGAAGGCUGCCGAAGGAAGACUGCUCUUUAUCAUGUGGAGAAGACGAAUUUAAAUGCUCUAACGGCUGCUGUGUGAAGAAAGAGUUUGAGUGUGAUGAACAACAGCAAUGCGAUAACGGUUCUGAUGAGGAGAACUGUGAACAAUUGAAUAAUAGCCUGACUCGACUUCUUAGGAUUGAAGUGAACAAAAAAGCCCACUGCACAGAUCCACCUGUUGUGGGCCCAUGUCGAGCCAGUUUUCCUCGCUGGUACUAUGACCCUCUUAACAAAAAGUGCCAUCGCUUCACCUAUGGUGGCUGUGAUGGCAAUGAGAACAACUUUGACACAACAGACAAUUGCAUGAACAACUGCUCAGGUGUCACAGAAAAUGAUGUGUUUGCCAAAGGAUUGUUUUUAAGGAGUGAGGAUGAACUAGGGGAAAGCCAGUCAGCUUCCGUUACCCUAGCUGUGGUUUUGGUUGUCGCCAUCUUGACCGUUCUGGCUGUGUUAGGUUACUGUUUCCUCAAGAACAAGAGAAAAAACCAUCAGCAUCAGCGUGUGGCCACCAGCAGUCCUCCAGUGGUGUACAGUGAAGGUGACCAACAGCUGGUCUACAACAGCACCACUGCCAAAGCAUAACAUAAUCUUUGAAAUCUCCAUAAUCUUUAAAAUCUUUUCUGCCAUAUGGUCUUCCCCUCAGACAUAGGCUGCCUGCAGAGUAGAAUGGGCCAUAUGAACAACUAAGCAACUUAAGUUAAGGGUUCCUGACCUUGUGAUGCCAUAUUACAUGUUUGGUCACUGAACCAGGUCUUUUAUCUCAGGUCUUAAUGAUAAAGGUGUUAAAUGUGUAUAUUUAGAACUUGUGUAUUAUAUUACAUUGAUCAGACCUUUGUUUAUAUUUGCAAAAUGGCCCAAGAGAGAGUUUAAGUAGAAAGCAGUCCUUAAAAGAUGGUCUUCUACCAUCUGAGAAUUUUACUUUCUGGUUUCUAAGCACUUGACAAAAGACACUGUAUUUUUAUUUGUUUCUCAUAGAGCCAUAUUUAUCAUUCCAAUGAUUUCUGAGGGCAAUUGAAAUGUCUUAACUUGCCCUACAGUAUAUUAAUGUUUCUGUUAAAUUUUGAAUAACAUUUUUUAUUAUGUUGUAACAAUUUAUUGUUUAUAUGUGGAAUGUAAGAUUCUUUGUAUUAUUUGCCCUAUAAAUCCAUGAGUUCUUAUUGCAGUAAAUUUAAAAUGUUUACCAGCUUUUUGCUGUGUUUAUUAUUAAAGAGAACUUAAUAUGAGUGCUCUGAGUGAUAUUCCAGUUGUUGAGUACUGUGAUGAAACAGGCUUCAACACUGGGGAGAAAAAACAAAACAUAAAUCUACAUUUGAUACGUAACACAUGGUUGCUUCUGUAUUUCUCAAGAUUGGUCAAUAGUGCCAAAUAAUGACAAAAAGAUGUCACAUUUAUUGUGGGUGGAUGCGUUCCUUUAUGAUAUACAUCUGGUUAUUUCUGUUUUUCUUACAUUUGGUAUUUUUAAGUCCCGUUUGGUUUAUGAGGACAUGUGGAUUCAGGAUUUUUGAUUUUGAAUAAAGGAUUAAAAUUAAAUUGUG